UUUGAUGUUUGUGUCUGCUUCCCCAAGGUCAAGAAAUUAUCUCCUCAGAAGAUAGCAGUACUAUGCAUGUUACGAAUUGUGUCUCCUUGGUCAGUGAUAAAGAAAAUGGGACUAUCGCCACAGCAGCUGGAUUCAUGAUUGGGGAAACACCACCUCCAGCGGCUCCUCCACCUCCUCCUCCACCCCCUCCGCCUCUGCCAUGUCCAUAUUUAGGGGAGGGAUUUCCUCCCUCUCCUCCUCCACCCCUACCGCCUCCACUACCUGGGGGACCUCCUGUCCCACCUCCCCCUCCAGGACCACCCCCAAUUUCUCACAUGAACGGCUACAGCCACCUUGGUAAGAAAAGGCGGAUGAGAAGCUUUUUUUGGAAAACCAUUCCAGAGGAGCAAGUUCGUGGCAAAACCAACAUCUGGACCUUGGCAGCCAGGCAGCAGCAUCACUACCAAAUCGAUACAAAGACCAUCGAGGAGCUCUUUGGGCAGCAAGAAGACCCCACCAAGUCUUCCCUUUCUAGGAGAGGAGGAACUUUAAACUCAUCCUUCAGGGACACUCGAGAAGAGAUUACUAUCUUGGACGCAAAACGGAGCAUGAACAUUGGGAUAUUCCUUAAGCAAUUUAAGAAGUCUCCUCAGUCCAUCGUAGAAGAUAUUCAUCAAGGAAACAGUGAGCAUUAUGGAUCAGAGACGUUGCGAGAAUUUCUUAAGCUUUUGCCAGAGUCAGAAGAGGUAAAGAAAUUAAAAACAUUUAGUGGCGAUGUGUCCAAGUUGUCCCUGGCAGACUCCUUUCUGCACUGCUUAAUUCAGGUGCCAAACUAUUCACUUCGGAUUGAAGCCAUGGUGCUAAAGAAGGAAUUUUUACCUUCUUGUUCUUCUCUAUACACAGAUAUAAUGAUUUUAAGAACUGCUACGAAAGAGCUGAUGUCAUGUGAGGAGCUACAUUCAAUAUUGCACUUGGUGCUCCAGGCUGGGAAUAUCAUGAAUGCAGGAGGGUAUGCUGGCAAUGCAGUAGGAUUUAAACUGUCUUCUUUGCUCAAAUUGGCAGACACAAAAGCAAAUAAACCUGGGAUGAAUCUUCUGCACUUUGUCGCACAGGAAGCCCAAAAAAAAGAUGCCAUUCUUCUAAACUUUUCAGAAAAACUACAUCAUGUUCAGGAGGCUGCUAGAUUAUCUCUGGAUAACAUGGAAGCAGAGCUGCACUCGCUGUUUGUCAGGACGAGAUCGCUGAAGGAAAACAUCCAGCGGGAUGGCGAACUUUGUCAGCAGAUGGAAGAUUUCCUUCAGUUUGCCACAGAAAAGCUGACAGAACUAGACCGCUGGAAACGAGAGCUCCAGGAUGAGGCCCACACCCUUAUAGAUUUUUUCUGUGAAGACAAAGAAACCAUGAAACUGGACGAAUGCUUUCAGAUAUUUAGGGACUUCUGUACCAAAUUCAACAAAGCAGUUAAGGACAACCACGACCGUGAGGUACAGGAGCUGAGGCAGCUGCAGCGGAUGAAGGAGCUGGAGCAGAAGCGGCGCUCCUGGGCGGCCGGGGAGCUUGGGGGCUUUGGCAGGAGCAGCAGUGAGAAUGAUGUGUUGCUGCUGACCAAGAAAGGUGCAGAAGACCUGCCCGCUUUCCUGCACCCGAGGCCCAUCAGCCCCUCCUACCGGCCCCCCAACACCCGCCGCUCCCGCCUCUCCCUGGGCGUCUCUGCCGACCGGGAACUGCUGACCUUCUUGGAGAGCUCCACCCGCAGCCCCGAGGAGCCCAGCAAGUGCAACAGCCUGCCCCGGAGCAGCCCCCGGCAGGCCCGGCCCACGGUGGCCUGGAUGGAGUCUGCUGAGCCAAAGGACCACAAUUCCAACUUUGCUCACAAACCUCAGGCCUCGGAGAGCCAGGAGAAAGCCCCCCAGACGCCCUCUGCUUGGCGGAAGCCGCUUGCGGCCGCAGGGCGUGAGGAGGCUGCCGAGGCCUUCCCCCGGGCCCGGCGCGGGGGGAACAGCGUCCUGCGAAAGAGGAACAGCGAGCCUGUGGGCUUGGGUCCCACCCGGUCCCCUCCGCUCUCGCCACUGGCUCUGGGGAUUAAGGAGCAUGAGCUGGUGACAGGGCUGGCCCAGUUCAAUCUCCAGGGGCCCAAGAUCCUGGAGGAGACGUCCCGGCCCACCCUGAAUGACUCGAGCCCUGCGGAGCUGGUGUCUCCGGGGGAUGGGUGCCCGCAGUCACUCAGUGCCGGCACCGGCAGCCUGACGCCGGGGGACAGCGGUGCCCAGGGGGCUCUCAGCCUAACCCUGGGGGCUGACCGGGCUGCCCCUGCGGAGCCCAGCGACACAGCCCUGGUGUCUGCGGGUAGCAGCGACCCUGAGAACAAAGAUCCUGGGCCUCCGUGCUACAUCUCCGACGCCACCGACUGCUCGCUGACCCUGGACUGCUCGGAGGGAACCGACUCCAGACCUGGAGCGGGAGAGCAGGAGCAAGGGGGCGAAGGGGAUGGCUCCGUGUCCUCUGGGGUUGGGGACACGACGGGGGGCAGCCAGGUCUCCUCUAACCCUGAAUCCAUCCCCGCUGCGGAGGCUCCUGCCCCCGCCCCGGUGAAGAGUGAGCCCAGCUGCAAGGGUGGCCUUCCCAGGGACAGACUCGCCAAAGGCAAGGAUGUUACAGCACCAAAGAGAAACUCCCUCAAAGAGGCGCCUCCGGGGGCCCCCAAGCCAAGCGUGCGGCGGGGCCCGGGCCCGGCGGCGCGGCCGGUGCGCACGCUGACGGCGUCGGAGAGCGAGAGCAUGCGCAAGGUCGUGCCCAUCUCCCGGGCCAGCCGCGGCGCGGGCGGCUGCAAGCGGCCGGACGCGCAGGCCCGAGCGCUCCCCCGGGACCCCCCCAACAGCACAGACACGCCGUGGUCGCGCCGGAGCUCCGUGAGGGGGACCGCGGACACGUCGCCCCGGAGGCCCUCCGCGGGGGCCGGGGCGGCGGCCGAGGAGCAGCGGCCCUCCCGGGGAGCCGGCGGCGUCCGGCUGGGGAGGGAACCCCCGCUGCAGCGCAGGGGCUCUCUCAAGAAGCCCAGCGCCAAGCCCCUCAGGAACGUCCCCAGACAGAAGCCCGAGGAAAAUAAGAUCUGUCGCUCCAACUCCCAGGGCCCUGAGAGUCCCGAAGAAGAGCCCAAGACCUCGCCGGCCCCCAGCGUCCCCCGGGUCCCACCCGCGGUCCCGAGCUUCGCCCGCAACACCGUGGCCUCGUCAUCCCGGUCCAUGAGAACGGAUGCCUCUCCUGCUGCCAGAGCCCCCGGCAUCACACGGACAGUCUCGCAGCGGCAGCUGAGGGUGAAGGGUGGACCUGAGGAUGCCGUCCCCAAGGACAGCGGUACCCUGAAGCGGGCCAGCAGCGCCCGGGCUCCCAGGAAGUGCCCAGAGCCUGCUGCGGGCCCCAGUGCCCGCACGGAGGCCCCUCUGAAGGGCAGAGGAGCUGGGGAAAGGGCCUCCCUCAGACUGAAGGACUCCAAUCGGACCGCACUGGGGAAAAUCCUCAGUCCCUUACGAAAGUGA